ACUUGCAUGUUCAUCUUCUUUGUUUACCAUAAAUUGUUUGUAUCUCUUCAACUAUGUUGCCCCUUCGGUCACUGGCAUCAACACUGCAAAACCCAAAACCGAUGGCUCUGCCCAUCGCUUGUGUGGACAUGGUCACUCGGCAUCCCAUCUUUCCACUGUGUUACAAUUCUGCCGCUUUUUUUUCGUCUCACUCCAUACAAUCCCCACAUCUGAUCUCCUAUACUCGUAAUGGUGGCUUGCACAGAAUGCUGAGCUCAUCCUGUUCAGCAACCCCUCAUUUUUGGAGCAGGGAAUUAGCCAUUUGGAAUGUGGGUACAGCACUUGCAGUUGAGGCAGAGACAAAGGUGGAGGCUGUGGCCGUGCCUGACACUCCUGAAUCUCAAUUCAUCUCCAUCCUCCUCCUCUGUGCAUUCGUUGGUCUCACAUUUCUUAGUUUUGGGGUGAUUUACUUGGCAGUGAAAGACUUCCAGGAGAAACGCGAGAGAGAUAAACUGUUAAAGGAGGAGCAAGCUCAAGAAAAGCAGAAGAAUUCCAAGAGAGAAAAGAUAGCCAAGCCUGGACCAAGAGGAUUUGGACAAAAGAGUAGGCGAAGAUGAGUACACAAUCAGAUUUUGCUUCUUUUUUCUUUUUGAUUUGGAGUUAAUUGCAUUUUAGCUAUUUUGUAUAAAUUCACACAAGGCACAUCUGUAGCGUUGCUGGAUAAACAUAUUCUGCAAGUACUCUUGAGUGCCUUUUCCCUGCCAUUUUUAUUAAAUUAUCCAUUUCGAUGGGUUUCAAUCGUUUUGUUUGGGUAUUUCCUAGCUUUUGGGCAGGACAUUUGCUGCUUUCUUUGAGAAUCCAAGUCUGUUUUGUAUUCUGAAAGCAAAUUAGGGUUCACGAAAAUUCGAAA